AUGUCCGAGAAACAUAGGCCUCUUUCACUGCAAUCCUCACGAACGAGGCAGCGACUGCCAACGCUUGCCGAGGUUCUAGCGCGUCGCACUCUCCCUCCUGUUGACCUCUACUGCUUCUACCUCUAUCUGCAACGUGAAGCAGCCGAAGAUGCGCUCGACUUUUGGCUUGAUGUUCAACAGCACGAGAACUUGUGCAGGGCCUACUUCAAAGAUCUGCGCAAAUCGGGCAAGUCAGUGAAGGAGGACUGGCCACAAUACUACGCCGAGGCACUCGAGCGAGGCAGCAUUUACAACAAGAUCAACGGCAUCAAUGACCAGACAAGCACCCUGAGAAAGGGGCCCGAGACCAGUUGGGACCACCAGAGUCGCGUUGAUAGCCCUGACGGCAAUCAAUCCACUUACUCUCCUGCGCCCAGCCCUAUUCCGUCCGCUGUCGCCGGCUCCCGUAAUGCUAGCGGUUCCGGAGCACCUCUCACAGCGCCCCGGUUCCCUGGCGAUCCCGACUACCUUGCGCAGCAGACGCGUGCCGAAAGGAAGAGCAUCCUUGCCAAGCGAGGCUCUGUUGCCCCUACCGUCAUUUCACGCUCCGCCGCCAUCACUCGCACCGACCUGAUCGCAUCCGCAGAGCGCAUCUACGCAAGGUAUCUGCUGCCAGGUUCGGAGAAGGAGAUCUACCUUCCAGCACCGCUGCGCAUCAUUUCAUUUCCGAUCUCAUCUUCCACUUUGCCUCAUCCGCAAGAUGUGGAACAGCAGCGAGCUUUGGCGCGCAUCCCAGACAUGUUCCACUCGCAGAAGGAGUACGUGUUCCGCACCAUGGAGGCCGACGUCUUUCCACGAUUCCUGCGAGCCAAAGCGUUUGGCAACCUCACUCCCAUUUCGGUGCUCGUCCGUCUCUCGCUAGGUCUGCUGGCGUUGUGGGCUGCACUUGCCACCGCGUUCAGCUUCGUCUUCUUGAACGUUGACCGCGCCAAGCGAUGCUGGGUGAUUUUGCCCUUCUCUGUCGCGGUGCUGCUGUUGAUGUCGCACCAGUACGAGCUGGAUCCGAUUUUGGUAUUGCUCAGCCAGAGCGAGACAACGCCGUUCAGGCUGAUCCGCAUACGCGAGCCGUACGUGCACCGCUUACUGCUACAGCGAUCGCUUAGUGUGCUCCUGCUGAUCGCAUUGAUUACGGCAGCGCUCACGGUACUUUUUGUGUUUGUUCCUGGUCAUAGGUUGUGA